AAUAACGUGGUUCCACUCCAUUUCUGAUCCAUAAACCUUUUUGUCACUCCUACCCCGUCGUCACCGCCAAUUUCAUAUUCCCGUUUCGUUCAUCUCCGUGUUACCUCGUUCAAGCGCGCUUUUUCUCUCUCUCUCUCUCUAGAAAUUUUCCUUUCUCAAAGCCGCACCUCGUCAAACACCGCAAUCUCGCUUUCUCCGACGCGAUCCGUGUUCAAUUUUCCCCAAAAUCAGGCACGAUGAUGGCUGAGGAUCUCGGCGUGGAGGCGAAGGAGGCCGCGGUUCGCGAGGUCGCCAAGCUGUUGCCGCUUCCGGAGCUUCUCCAAUCGAUCUCGUCCAUCAAGGCUGAUUACAUUUCGCGCCAACAGGCCAAUGAUGCACAGCUUAGUACAAUGGUUGCCGAACAGGUUGAGCAGUCACAGGCAGGACUAAAAUCGCUCUCCUUCUCUGAGAAGACAAUAAAUCAGCUUCGUGAAAACUUUGUCUCCAUUGAGAAUUUAUGUCAGGAAUGCCAAACAUUAAUUGACAACCAUGAUCAGAUAAAGAUACUUAGCAAUGCAAGAAAUAACUUAAACACAACCUUGAAGGAUGUUGAAGGUAUGAUGUCUAUCUCUGAUGAGGCAGCCGAGGCUCGGGAUUCUUUGAGUGAUGACAAAGAAAUCGUCAACACUUACGAGAGGUUAACAGCUUUGGAUGGAAAACGAAGGUUUGCUUUAGCAGCUGCUGGAUCUCACAAGGAAGAGAUUGGAAGGCUAAGAGAAUAUUUUGAAGAUGUAGAUCGAACUUGGGAGACCUUUGAGAAAACGCUAUGGGGCCACAUUUCCAAUUUUUAUAAACUCUCCAAAGAAAGCCCACAGACUUUAGUUCGUGCUGUACGGGUUGUUGAAAUGCAAGAGAUCCUUGAUCAACAGAUUGCAGAAGAAGCAGCUGAGGCUGAAGGGGAUGGUGCAAUGGCAUCAGUUGCAAAUCCUCGUAACAACGGCAUAAAAUCUACAAGUUCAAUGGCUUCUUCAAAAAAUUUAAUGCAGCAAAAAUUGAAGGUUCAGGGGAAAGGCUAUAAGGAUAAAUGCUAUGAGCAAAUAAGGAAGACUGUAGAAGGACGGUUUAACAAGCUUCUCAAUGAGCUUGUGUUUGAGGACCUGAAAGCAGCUUUAGAGGCAGCACGAGCGAUUGGGGAAGAGCUUGGAGAUGUCUAUGACUAUGUAGCUCCCUGCUUUCCUCCAAGAUACGAAAUAUUCCAAUUAAUGGUAAAUCUGUACACUGAGAGAUUUAUUCAGAUGCUAAGAUUGCUUAGCGACAGGGCGAAUGAAUUAACAAACAUUGAGAUAUUAAAGGUAACUGGUUGGGUGGUUGAAUACCAAGAUAAUCUGAUUGGGCUUGGAGUUGAUGAGUCUCUAGCCCAAGUGUGCUCCGAGAGUGGUGCAAUGGAUCCUCUUAUGAAUUCUUAUGUUGAGAGAAUGCAAGCUACGACUAGGAAAUGGUACCUGAAUAUUUUGGAGGCUGAUAGAACACAGCCCCCAAAGAAAACUGAAGAUGGGAAGCUAUAUACCCCAGCUGCUGUUGAUCUCUUCAGGAUACUUGGUGAGCAAGUACAAAUUGUUCGGGAUAAUAGCACUGAUCUCAUGUUAUACAGAAUUGCCUUGGCAACCAUUCAGGUGAUGAUUGAUUUUCAAGCAGCCGAAAAGAAGAGACUUGAAGAACCAGCUUCUGAAAUUGGUCUGGAACCUUUAUGUGCUAUGAUUAACAACAAUUUGCGCUGCUAUGACCUUGCAAUGGAGCUAAGUAAUAGCACCAUAGAAGCCCUUCCACAGAACUAUGCUGAGCAGGUUAAUUUCGAAGAUACCUGUAAGGGUUUUCUUGAGGUAGCCAAGGAAGCUGUGCAUCAAACUGUCAGUGUGAUAUUUGAAGAUCCUGGGGUCCAGGAGUUGCUGGUGAAGCUAUACCAGAAAGAAUGGAGUGAGGGGCAGGUUACUGAGUACCUGGUUGCAACAUUUGGUGAUUAUUUUGGUGAUGUAAAAAUGUACAUUGAAGAACGAUCUUUUAGGAGAUUUGUUGAAGCCUGCCUGGAAGAAACAGUGGUUGUUUAUGUUGAUCGUCUUUUAACACAGAAAAAUUACAUUAAGGAAGAAACUAUUGAACGGAUGAGGCUAGAUGAGGAGGUUAUCAUGGAUUUUUUUAGGGAACAUAUCAGUGUUUCUAAAGUUGAAAACAGAGUGAGUGUACUCAGCGACUUGAGGGAGCUUGCUUCAGCAGAGAGCCUGGAUACCUUUACACUCAUCUAUACAAAUAUACUCGAACAUCAACCUGACUGCCCGCCUGAAGUUGUAGAGAAACUCGUUGGUCUACGAGAGGGCAUUCCUCGGAAGGAUGCCAAGGAGGUCAUUCAAGAGUGCAAAGAGAUAUAUGAGAAUUCACUUGUCGAUGGAAGACCUCCAAAGGCAGGUUUUGUUUUUCGACGGGUGAAGUGCCUAACAGCAACCAAGGGAGGGCUUUGGCGUAAACUCACUUGAAGUACGAUUCCAUUCAGUUAUUCAUAUAGCUUGUUUUGCCUGUUAAAUUAUUUGUUCCUUGUGCCUAAUUCCCAAAUGUUUUGCUGUCAAUAGAAAAGUUUUGUAAAAUUCAUUUAAACAAGUCCGUAGUUCAUGACACCCUCAGUUUAUUUCAGCUCCCGUUCUCAGUUUUACCUUGAACCAAAUGUGCUGUUGACAUUUUCAAGAUUACCUACCUCUCUGGGUGAUUGUAUUCAAAAGAAUUAAAACAGUUAAUCUUGUUUGCUUAACGUUGGAAACCACGUAGGUUCUGAAUGUAAUCCGGGAAUAUUUUUGUUCUGUGCGAUUUAGGGUUUUUUUUUUUAAAUUAGGAAUGACACUAGAUAGGAUCUUAUAAUACUCAUCCCCAUACCCAUUUCUAAAAAUAUUACUCUUUAUCGGUUUCA